AUGGACCUUUAUGUGAUCGACUCCUCUGGCCACAGCCGCUGCCACAGCCGCUGCCACAGCCACAGCCACAGCCGCUGCCACAGCCACAGCCACAGCCGCUGCCACAGCCACAGCCACAGCCGCUGCCACAGCCGCUGCCACAGCCGCUGCCACAGCCGCUGCCACAGCCGCUGUCUCAGAGGAGGAGGAUCUGUUCUACUGGUUUGGACUAACUCACCCCUGACUCUCGGGGCUCUCCGUACGACGACCCACACAGAUCUGCGUCACUUUGUGGGAAUCAAAUCCAAUUCGUCAUCUUUAAAAGUGUGUAAAGAAUCCACAGACAUCGCUGAGAAGGAGUUUCCCAUCAGCUGCGAGUCGAGCUACUCUCACUGUGGCUCUCAGUCUGAGCUCCUGACAGCCUCCACAGCCUCCCUGCACUCUGCAGACCUGUCCACAGCCUCCCUGCAGACCUGUCCACAGUCUCCCUGCAGACCUGUCCACAGUCUCCCUGCAGACCUGUCCACAGCCUCCCUGCAGACCUGUCCACAGUCUCCCUGCAGACCUGUCCACAGCCUCCCUGCAGACCUGUCCACAGUCUCCCUGCAGACCUGUCCACAGCCUCCCUGCAGACCUGUCCACAGUCUCCCUGCAGACCUGUCCACAGUCUCCCUGCAGACCUGUCCACAGUCUCCCUGCAGACCUGUCCACAGCCUCCCUGCAGACCUGUCCACAGCCUCCCUGCAGACCUGUCCACAGCCUCCCUGCAGACCUGUCCACAGCCUCCCUGCAGACCUGUCCACAGCCUCCCUGCAGACCUGUCCACAGUCUCCCUGCAGACCUGUCCACAGUCUCCCUGCAGACCUGUCCACAGCCUCCCUGCAGACCUGUCCACAGUCUCCCUGCAGACCUGUCCACAGCCUCCCUGCAGACCUGUCCACAGCCUCCCUGCAGACCUGUCCACAGCCUCCCUGCAGACCUGUCCACAGCCUCCCUGCAGACCUGUCCACAGUCUCCCUGCAGACCUGUCCACAGUCUCCCUGCAGACCUGUCCACAGUCUCCCUGCAGACCUGUCCACAGUCUCCCUGCAGACCUGUCCACAGUCUCCCUGCAGACCUGUCCACAGCCUCCCUGCAGACCUGUCCACAGCCUCCCUGCAGACCUGUCCACAGUCUCCCUGCAGACCUGUCCACAGUCUCCCUGCAGACCUGUCCACAGUCUCCCUGCAGACCUGUCCACAGUCUCCCUGCAGACCUGUCCACAGUCUCCCUGCAGACCUGUCCACAGCCUCCCUGCAGACCUGUCCACAGUCUCCCUGCAGACCUGUCCACAGCCUCCCUGCAGACCUGUCCACAGCCUCCCUGCAGACCUGUCCACAGCCUCCCUGCAGACCUGUCCACAGCCUCCCUGCAGACCUGUCCACAGCCUCCCUGCAGACCUGUCCACAGUCUCCCUGCAGACCUGUCCACAGUCUCCCUGCAGACCUGUCCACAGUCUCCCUGCAGACCUGUCCACAGUCUCCCUGCAGACCUGUCCACAGUCUCCCUGCAGACCUGUCCACAGUCUCCCUGCAGACCUGUGCACAGUAA